AUGAGCCACUUUGCCGCAUCACACGAUCCGUCAAUACCCUUGACGAAACCGUCACAACAGCUCGUUGCUAGCCCGGUGGACAAGUGGGGUCUGAGCGCGCUUCUGAGGCUGAUACGAACCGGCGGAAGGGACGAUCAGUUGACAUUGAGCUUGGGAGAAGAUCUUGCCAAUAUCGGAUUGGAUAUGAACAGUGCAGGACCGCUUUAUUCGACGUUUAUCGCACCGUUCGCUGAGCCAGACGCGCUAAGAGGCGUAUAUCUGGAAGAGGAAUGGAGGACACCGCAAUGUUACAACGUCAACACGCCGUCAGCAUCGAGCAAGAUUAGCAUGUUUUCGGAUGAGACCCUGUUCUACGCAUUCUACGCGUUUCCUCGGGACUUGUUGCAGAUGGAGGUCUCGGCCGAAUUGUACGCAAGACAAUGGCGGUAUCACAAGGAACUCUCCGUCUGGCUCACAAAAGACCCAGGCGUCGAGCCCAUCGAAAAGGGACCCAACUAUGAACGUGGAACGUACAUCAUCUUCGACCCGGCCGUCUUCAGUCGUGUGGAGACUCCCAAGGACUUUACGCUACAGUACGACUUGUUGGAGGAUCGACCGGUCAUCGUCCCGCCACCAGCGUUGUUGCAGCAAGUGCAACAAGGGCAGAACCAACCUCAAGGUCAACAACAGGCGCAGCAGACACCUCAACCGCCGAAUCAGCAGCAGCAGGCGCAGGGGCAGGCCCAAACGGGAGGGCAACAAGCGCAGGAAGCGAAGCGGUGA